AUGGAGAAUGUCCCUACGGUCGGGAACCCUGAUCAUAUCAAUGCGUCAAGGGAUGGAAAGGAGUUCCACCCAGAACGUACCUUCCGUAUCUCGACUGUAACGAAAAGAAGUGAGUCUGAAAGCGAUGUAGCAAGUAGUGUAUCACAUGACCAUAUCGAACCCUGUUUCGAUGCUGCUUUUUAUACUCUAAAGCGAUAUCUUCCUUCCCUACGAUGCUCUUUCCUGUGCAAUCUUCUCAGUCUUCUAUAUCUUCUUCUCGUCCCCAUGAAUUCCUCUCUUCUUCCUCUUCUCCUCCUCAUACCACUUGUGGUUCUGUGUUGUCGUUUCGCUGCCGCGCUACCCUCAACUCACGUUUAUCAAUCUGUUCCCUUGCUAUACCUUGACUUGGUGUUUGUCCUCCCUCUCCCUCACAGCAUGUCUCCUCCUUCAUCUCUUCGUGGAGGACACCAGAUGGCCCGUCUGCGUGUUCCUCAGUCCUCCCCCUCCUCUUCCUCCUCUCUCCCCCCCAGCGGUCAGAAGGAUCCAGCACGUCCUUCUGUUCGUUCCGCUCCGUCUGUGCCCACCAUGGUGAGCACGUCCUCUCGUUCUGGGGUGCCUGCCCCCACUGCCCCCAAGUACUUGCGUACAAGCAAGUACUUGUCCACUCCCUCCUCUGUGGCUCCUCGGACCACGUCCUCUCGUUCCUCCAUUCCCACCCCUGUCUCUCGUUCCUCCAUCCCCUCCCCUGCCUCUCGCUCCCCUGUGGCUAAGGCCACGUCCAUUCCCUCUCCCCCUUCCCUUUCCCCGGGUGCGUCGUUCCUGAAAAGGUUCGACGAGAAACACCCAACUUCCACUCGUUCUUCCCUCCCCGUCCCUGUCGCUCGUUCCCCUGUGGCUCCUCGGACCACAUCCUCUCGUUCCGCCCCCCAAAAGACUACCAACGGCCCUAGCGCCACUCCCACUCGUUCUUCUCCUUCUGUGGCUCCUCGGACCACGUCCUCUCGUUCUUCUAUUCCC